UGUUCGCUCAGAAUCAUUUUUUUAUACAUUGAUAUUAUAUCAUUAAAUUCAAAUUUAACACCAUCCAUUAGAGUGACUCACUUAUAACCUUCUGUACAAUAGAGCGACACCCACUUUCCCACAUUUUUAAUUUUUUGUCCUGCGCUUUUGUAAACUAUUUGGAAUUUUUUUAACCUUUUUGAUUCCUUUAAUAUUAUACAAUUGCUUUUCUAUAUUGCAGUAUAAAACGUACAGAUCUGUUCGACCAGAUGGUUACGGCAAAGUGUCCAUUGCUAUAUACAAUUCUCUCAAAUCCAAACUAAUUCUCAUCGAUAUUACUACCAAUGUAUUAAUCAUACAACUGACAUCAUAAGUAUCGAAAUAUUUUGGACAAUUUCUCUUGCCCUAUAAAGUUAUUGUUCUGCUACAUUCCUAGUAGUUCCAAUAUUCCUUCUGAUCGUUGGUAGCUUUUAUUCAUACUAGUCUCACAUAAUACUUUAUUUAUUAACGAUUUCAAUGAAUUUCAUCUCGCCUGAGCUUUGACUCAAUAUCCCGUCGAGGUAACCAUAUUUAUAAUUCAAUUAAUUCUUUAGAUCUUUGCAUUUGGAAUGAUUGUUUUCCUAUUCAUGUUAGACGUCCUGGCAUAACCGAUUCGGCUAUAGAUUUAUCAUUUUGCUCCCCUGAUAUCUCCUGUAAUUUACCAUUGUUAGCUCUCAUUGAGUCUCAUGGCAGUGACUUUAUUCCUGUAACAGCCUAUAUCAACGAUCUGAUCCAUCUCACAAAUACAAAAUCUACUGCCAAACUUGUUUCGGUCUUAAAGAAUCUCAUUAUAUUUUCCCCUUCAAAUCCAGAAUUUAAUAUUAGUUUCGAUGCAUGAUAUUUCUUCAGCACUUUCUUAUUCUACUUUCACUAGUUUCAUUUCUUCCAAAGCUACAAUUUCUAAGAAAAUACUAAAAACCAAUUAUUAUCCACCCUCCACCCAUGGGAGGAACUCCUCCUGCACAGAUGCCGUAAAAAAUGAAACUUACUUUUUAGUAUCUUCCGACACUCAGUUUUCAUGUUUGACUACCUUAAUUAUCGCAACAUAUGCUAAUCAUAUUCAAAAAUAUACUGGCCUAGAAAAAUGUUGGAAAUAAGUAUAGACUCCUUCCCUCUUUACCUAAUUUUGAUACCAAGCUAUUGGUAUACAAAUUCUAACAUAACCUUGAAUAGUUUCACUCACAAAAUUAAAGACAUAAUGCAGUUUAUUUAUUUUAUUUUAGAAGGUCUACGGAAGUACUUCAAAUAUCAUUCAGAUGUGGCUUCAAAAUUUGAUAAAUUGUUAAAAAUAUUUAGAAGUUGUUCAUUAUGCGAAAAUCAUGUGUACAAAAAAAUGAUGAAGACUCAGAAUCUCCUAAAAGAGGAGACCAUUAGAGAUGGAGGAGACAAUCAUUAUAGAGUGUUGUUUGUUUCAGUCCUUGUUAAUUAUCUUAUCUAAAAUUAAAAAUAUGUUGCUGUAGCAGUUUGCCAUCUCGCUAAGGGACGGACUGGCAGAUCGGGUGAUCGGGAAAUUUCCCGAUGGACCGUCAAAUUAUUGAAUUAUGGGGCUGGACAAUAAUAUUAUUACCAUAUUAUUAUAACCAUAUUAUAUGGUUGUACAAGUAACUUAUUACGAUUUUUAGAAUAUAAUAAUAGUUUUUGAUCUAUUUAAAAUGUAUAGAAUAUAACAUAAAUAAUACUUAUGAAGUUUUGCUAAUUUAUAAUGGAGCUGAUAUUAUGUAGAAAAUAAAUAGUUUAAAAAUAAUUUCAUUGUUUUAAAGGGUGUUUUCGCUUCUUCAAGAACACUCCGAUUCCAAGUUGUGUACCAAACUUAAACAGACCUAACCAUUUCGGAGAAACCAUUUUUUCGCAUUCGAUAGUGGAAUUCACCCAAUUCUAUGCUGACAAAUAGGGUUUUUUAGGAACGUAUAUGGCUCCUGGAAACUUUUUGGCCAGACACCGCUUGAUAACCCCCAUCUUCAGUGGGAGAAUUAUUUGGUUUCUACAGAAAAUCUUCGGUUUCCACCACAGGAUUCCUUCCUGUCUGCUCCUGAGGAUCUCUGACCAUUUUAUUUUUAUCUCCAGGCUAAACAUAAUUUUGGCUGAUAACUUUCCGCUGUUCCAGUUUUAUUUUUCUUACGGAGAACAGUACAUGUGGCAGUAGAUAUCUAAACGAUGAUGAGGCAUAUCCACAAGUAAUGUUCGUAACUCACUGCUCAACUAAUAAUUUAGUCUUUCAACUGGAUUCCGUAUAUCCAUUUUUCACCUUUUGAAAACCUUCGCAUCGCAUAUGAGCAUGGAUGUGGGACAUAAUGUGUCAAUAAUGACCUAGAGUACCUGAAUCGUCGAAACAACAUCCAUUAGAAUGAAUCCACAAUCGAUAUCGAGUUAACAGUCACUUUUCCGGAGGGUAAACCUCUAACCUGUGACUAUAACAGUCAGUAACUACUAAAAUCAUAUAAAUAAUACGUCAAUACGAAAAUAAUCUUACCUAAAAUUAUAUUUUUUGUUCUAAGAAAGAGUAGGUAUUUAUAUAAAUAGAAAUUUCGCUGCCGCCUGCCUGUCGGUCGCAGCCGCCAUGUUUUUUAUAAUAUACGAUCUAAUUCGAUGUAUUAUCAAUUAUUAUUGUUAUAUUAUUCAAAAAUAUACCGUUUUCGUCCGCGACUAACAAGACUGUUGUUUGGGAUAUUACUGAUAUUAUAUAAAAUAUAAAUAUCAUGACAAAAUUAAUAGGUAUGUCAGCAAUAUUAUCGGUUUAGAAACAAAUCGCGCACCCACCCUCCGCCCAGCCCUGUACUCUGACGUAAGCAUUUCUCCGGUUCUCAUUGGUCCACCGCCGUCACUGCCGCGAUAGCCACCACCACCACUCAGCCUGUUGGAUAAAUGCUUACGUCACAGAUAUGCGUAUCACGAGUUGCUAACAUACCUAUUUAUUUUGCCAUGAUAAAUAUUAGUUCAUUUGUAUUUUGUAUUAUCUAGUGGAAAGAUGACUUUUGAAGCAAUGUAAACAAUCAUAACCUCAGUUUUUUAUAGGU